AUUCUCAUUCCGGCCAGGCGGGCGGAUCCAGCGGCGUCUUGUCCCAGCUCGAACACGUGAGAAGUCUCCAGAAUCUACUACUUUCUCCUCCACUUCCAUAGCUAUCCUUUUCCUCUAUAAAAUCUCCCCUCGCCGCGGCGACAAGAACCCAAGAAACACUCCAAGCAAACGAUCAGAAGCUAACCAAAUCACUCGAUCCUCACCCAAGAAUCCUCGAUUACUCAGAAACACCACUUCAGAAAACCCACCGACCAUGUCGCUGAUCCGCCGCAGCAACGUGUUCGACCCCUUCUCCCUCGACCUCUGGGACCCCUUCGAGGGCUUCCCCUUCGGCUCCGGCAGCAGCAGCCUCUUCCCCUCGUUCCCGCGCACCAGCUCGGAGACCGCGGCCUUCGCCGGCGCGCGGAUCGACUGGAAGGAGACCCCCGAGGCGCACGUGUUCAAGGCGGACGUCCCGGGGCUGAAGAAGGAGGAGGUGAAGGUGGAGGUCGAGGACGGCAACGUCCUCCAGAUCAGUGGCGAGCGCAACAAGGAGCAGGAGGAGAAGACGGACACCUGGCACCGCGUCGAGCGCAGCAGCGGCAGGUUCAUGCGCAGGUUCCGGCUGCCGGAGAACGCCAAGACAGAGCAGAUCAGGGCGUCCAUGGAGAACGGCGUGCUCACCGUCACCGUGCCCAAGGACGAAGUCAAGAAGCCCGAGGUGAAGUCCAUCCAGAUCUCGGGCUAGACAUCAUCGUGCCUGCGUGAUGAACCAUGCUGCUGCCCUCUGGAGUCCGCCUGGGUCGUGCUGCUGGUGAAAUAAAAAUCGGGUUCGACGUUGUGGUCUCGUGUAGUGUCAAGAGUCCGCGUGAUGGGCAUGUCGUCCCUGCGUCCGUCAUGGCAUGGUUUGAAUCCAGUUUGCGGUCAUUAGUGUGUCUGUAUUUAGUCUCCAUCUGGUAACGAACUCCAAUGUUGCUGUAAAUUCUCUCUCGUUUUAUUACCUGCUCAUUGGUUUGGUAAUUGAUCGGAGUCAUCGGAAUGUAGUGGUACUGAAAUCCUCAACUAAUUUAUUCACAAUUGGCUACGUCA